GUCGUCCUCCUAACCUCAUGUUAUUGUUUUAUUACAUUUCUUUGAGACCAAAAUCGAUAGCAUCGUCCUUCCUUGGCAAUGUUACUCAUCAUUGGAAUCUUGCUCCUCUCCACAUCCAUUCCUGUGCGAGCCAACACAACAUUUAUCUUUGACGAGUUCAAUGGCUCGGCCCUGGCUUUCUAUGGGAAUGCUUCAAUACAGUCCAAAUUCAUCUCCCUCACGAGUGAAUCCCCCUCGGUACUUGGCCGUGCUCUAUAUGCAUACCCAGUCCGCAUGAGAGAUUCUCUCUCUUUCAGCACAACUUUCGUGUUCAACAUGGUUCCUUCGGCUUCAAAUCCUUCACUAAGUGGGCACGGCCUGGCGUUUAUCAUAACCCCACACAAGUCUCCGGUGGGAGCUUUAGCAGGUCAAUACCUCGGUCUGUUCAAUAUUUCCACCAUCGGGAAGGCUUAUAACCAUCUCUUCGCAGCGGAGUUUGACACAGGCAAAAGCGAAGAAUUUCAAGAUAUCAACAACAACCACGUUGGGGUAGAUCUCAACGAUCUUACUUCUGUAGACUCUAAGGCUGCCGGUUACUGGACUGGCGAUCAAUUCGAACAACUAACUCUCAAGAAUGGACAGAGCAUUCAGGCUUGGAUUGAUUACAGCCAUCCUCGGAAACAGUUGAAUGUUACAAUUACGCAAGCUGGUUCGCUUCGUCCACAGAAACCUCUGCUAUCUUUGAAAAACACGAGUCUGUGGGAUAUUCUGGAAGAAGAAAUGUACGUUGGUUUCUCAGGAGCUACGGGAACCAUGUUUGAAACGCAUUACAUACUCGCCUGGAGCUUCAGUACCGUCGGCGCGGCACCGGUCUUAAACAUAUCAAAUUUUCCAUCUUCCUUAAUACCCAACAAAUCCAAGUCAUGGCUAAGACCCGCCAUACUUGUAGUUUUGGUUGUUCCUGUCUUCUUCUGUGUUGCGGCAGUGGUAAUUUGUAUCAGGCUGAAAAGAAACAUGUAUAAAGAUGAUAUUGAAGAAUGGGAAACGGAGUAUUGGCCUCACAGAUUUAGCUACAAAGACUUGUAUAUUGCAACCAAGGGCUUCCAAGACGACCAAAUUUUAGGUUCUGGAGGCUUUAGCCGGGUCUACAAAGGAGUUUUACCUUCAAAUGGGCUUGAAGUUGCCAUCAAAUUUAUUCUCAGACACAGCACUGAAGGCAUGAAGUAAUUUGUAGCUGAGAUUUCAAGUCUUGGUCGUUUGCAGCACCGGAAUCUUGUGCAAAUCAGAGGGUAUUGCAGGCGGGGAACACAGUUAUUCAUAGUUUAUGACUACAUGCCAAAUGGAAGCCUGGAUAAGAUGAUAUUUGGGAAGCCAAAGAAUGUAUUUGGGUGGCCUCAAAGGCACAGAAUUCUGACGGACGUGGCGGCAGGAUUGCUGUAUCUUCACGAGGAGUGGGAGCAGACGGUGCUUCACAGAGACAUCAAAUCGAGCAAUGUUCUUUUGGAUUCGGAGCUUCGGGGAAAGAUGGGGGAUUUCGGGCUUGCUCGUUUGUACGAGCAUAAUGAAAACCCACAAACUAGCCGUGUUGUAGGAACCAUUGGCUACAUAGCCCCCGAAUUGAUAAACACAGGAAAGGCCACUACCGGUAAUGAUGUAUUCAGCUUCGAUAUCUUUAUGUUGGAGGUUGCCUGCGGAAGGAGACCUGUUGAUCCUGCUCGUGGUGAUUCACAAGAAAUUUUGGUCCAGUGGGUGCGCGAGCUCUAUGCCAACGAUAAAGUGAUCGAUGCAGCUGAUCCCAAUCUUGAUGGUGUGUUUGCUGAAGAGGAGUUGGAGAAGGUGCUUAAGUUAGGACUGCUAUGCUGUAAUACCAAUGCAGAGGCGAGACUAUCCAUUAGACAAGUUGUCCGAAUACUUGAAGGCGAGGAUUCUAUUCCUGAAUUUUUUCCAUUUCCAAUUUCCUUUGGAAUGGAUAAUUGUUUGAAUAAAAGUGAUAGUCUUACAGCUUCUUGUACUUGGCCCUCCAGUUCUUUCUAGGAAAAAAUGAUUCAGAUUAAGCACGGAGGGCAUGUACCAUCUCCCAGUCAUGGCCUUGUUCUCCGUUGGUGGCUUAGUCCCCUGGAUAUUUCUGCUCCGUAAUGCCGUGUUUGUUUUCUCUCGCUUGACAAAUUCGUGGUCAUUAUUCAUCGAUUACCGAAUUCAAAAUCAUGUGGCAUGUUCGCUUCACUAUAAUACAAAUCGCUUUUAGUAUCUUCAAAUUAUAAUGAAUACGCAACUAAGUUUGUUUUUUAUAUGUGACGAUUCCCUAAAUGGAUCAUAACU